AUGAAUGAUGAUAUUGAUAUUGUUAUAUAUCAAAAAAUUAAUGUUUGUACAGUUGAUUGGGGUACAAUGGCUAAUGGAAAUUAUAAACGUUCUAUGUUAAGUAUUUUUGAUGUUGGAUUAACUAUAUCCGAUUUAAUAAUAAAAUUAAGACCAUAUGGUUUUGUACCAAAUGAUAUAACAUUAGUUGGUUAUUCAUUGGGUGCACAUGCUGCCGGUUUUGCUGGUAAACUAUUAAAUGGAAGUUUAAAUGAAAUAAUUGGUUUAGAUCCAGCUGGACCAUUAUUUACAUUACCAUCAGAUGUUGGAACUGAUUAUCGUUUAGAUAAAAGUGAUGCAAAAUUUGUACAAGUAAUACAUACAGCUGGUGGUACACUUGGUACAUCAUUAAAAUGUGGUCAUGCUGAUUUUUAUCCAAAUGGUGGUGUAUCACCGCAAACAAAUUGUGUUUUUACAAAAUUUACCGAUGAACCAAAAACAAAUCCAGUUGGGUGUAGUCAUACAAUGGCUGUAAAAUUCUUUGAAAUCUCUAUGAAUCCAGAAUAUCCUUUCAAUGGAUGGCACUGUUCCAGUUAUCAGGCAUAUAUUUUUGGUUUAUGUUUAUUUAAAAGUAAUAGCCGCUUUGGUAUACAUUCAGAAAGAAUACCAGGAAAUUAUUUUUUUACUACAUCAGUAAGUUAUCCGUAUGUUCAAAGGGUAGUUGUAUAAAUUUUUAUUAUAGA